AAACGGAAGAGUGGGAAGACGUGAGAAACCAGAUCUAACAGGUCCAUCUUCCAUUCUCGAAGAACUGGGAGGAAGCAGACAGAAUCAUAAACCCUAGCAAUCCAAGUUUCUUCCAUUUGGAAGACUGAAUCGAAGAGGGGACGAGAAGAGGAUCAAAGCUUCGAAGAUGAACGUUUUCAGAUUAGCAGGUGAUAUGACUCACCUGGCUAGUGUUCUGGUUUUGCUCCUUAAGAUCCACACCAUAAAAUCCUGCGCUGGCGUCUCAUUGAAGACUCAGGAGCUCUAUGCCCUUGUCUUUGCUGCCCGCUAUUUGGAUAUCUUUACAAGUUACGUGUCCCUUUACAACACCCUUAUGAAGUUGAUAUUCUUAGGAAGCUCUUUUUCGAUAGUUUGGUACAUAAGGUAUCAUAAGGCUGUCCAAAGGACUUAUGACAGGGAACAAGAUACAUUUCGCCAUUGGUUCCUUGUGCUUCCUUGCCUACUCUUGGCUCUCCUGAUACACGAGAAGUUUACCUUUAUGGAGGUGCUGUGGACUUUCUCAAUAUACUUGGAGGCUGUUGCCAUACUUCCUCAGCUCGUACUGCUCCAGAGGACCAGAAAUAUCGACAACUUGACAGGACAGUACAUAUUCCUCCUGGGGGCAUACCGUGCUCUGUAUAUCCUCAACUGGAUCUACCGUUACUUCACUGAACCACACUUUGUUCACUGGAUAACCCUUGUUUUGCAGCAUGGAUAUCUGGGUUUGUUCAGACAUUGCUCUACGCCGACUUUUUCUAUUACUAUUUCCUCAGCUGGAAGAACAACAAGAAGCUGCAAUUACCAGCAUAGGGUUGAUUGUCUUAGAAGUAAUCAAUUCGGAAACGAGGGAAAAUUCGGAGAUAUCCUCCAUGGGGGAUGUGAUUUGUAGAAGAGAGAAUAGAUGUGUUGGCUUGACUCCCAUCUAUUUAGCAUUGGCCUUUUGAGCUGCGACUGUGCUGUGUACAAAUAUCAUCUUGGUGAUGUUUAGUGAUUCGGUUAAUGCAAUAAUCCAACCAUUUACAAUUUCGUCCAACUGUUCUAGUGCUACAAUUAGGCUAUUACAUAAUUAUAUUUCCCUUUA